AUUCAGUUAUUACGGUAGCCUACUGUAUUAACAGAUUAGACCAAUAAUCUAAUUCCUAAAUUGUGACCAAUUUAUCAUCGAUGUGAUACUUGUUGGUGAAUUAUCAACAUGUCUGGAGGAACAAUGGUCAUGCAGGAUGACCCUGCUGUCAAUUUAAGCAAUGAUGGAUUAAAUUCCACACAAAAUGGUGAAGUAAAAAUGUCACAAGAUGUUAUUCUACAGAAUACAAGAAAUGUAAUACAAGGCUUAGAUCAAUUGAGAACCGAGCAUAAUUCUAUAUUACACAGUCUUCUUGCGACAUUGAAUGCAAUAAGAAGAGAAAAUGACAAAGAUGUAAAUCUUGUUGAAGAAAAAUCACAUAUUAUAAAAAAGUCAUUGGAAAUGAUUGAGCUUGGUUUGGGAGAAGCAGAAAUGAUUGUAUCAUUGGCUUGUCAUUUAAAUACUGUGGAAUCGGAAAAACAGAAACUGAAAGCACAAGUACGUCGUCUAUGUCAAGAGAAUGCAUGGUUGCGGGAUGAACUUGCAAACACCCAACAAAAGUUACAACUGUCCGAGCAGAAGACUGUACAAUUGGAAGAAGAGAAAAAGCAUCUUGAAUUUAUGAAUUCAGUGAAAAAAUAUGAUUCUGACACAACAAACACUCAAGGAGCUGACGACACACGUUCUGCUGGUGGAAGUAUUGAAGAUCUAUUCAACGAUACAACAGAAGCGGAAACAACAACAUCAAGUGCAAUACCACAAACACCACCUGGCCAUAGUAGUGCUGCUUCUGUUGCUAGUGGUGGAUAUGAGAUUCCUGCCAGACUUCGUACUCUUCACAAUCUCGUCAUCCAAUAUGCGAGUCAAGGUCGUUAUGAGGUUGCUGUUCCGUUAUGUAAGCAAGCUUUAGAAGAUCUUGAAAAGACAUCUGGACACGACCAUCCUGAUGUUGCUACUAUGCUUAAUAUACUUGCACUUGUCUACAGAGAUCAAAAUAAAUACAAAGAAGCAGGAAAUCUACUGAACGAUGCUCUUGCCAUUCGCGAAAAAACACUUGGACCUGAUCACCCUGCUGUUGCUGCAACGCUCAAUAAUCUUGCUGUAUUAUAUGGAAAACGUGGUAAAUAUAAAGAAGCUGAGCCACUGUGCAAAAGAGCUUUGGAAAUUCGAGAAAAGGUUUUGGGUAAAGAUCAUCCUGACGUUGCGAAACAACUAAAUAAUCUUGCACUUCUAUGUCAAAAUCAAAGUAAAUAUGAAGAAGUCGAGAAGUAUUAUCAGAGAGCUCUGAAAAUUUAUGAAACUAAUUUGGGACCUGAUGAUCCAAAUGUAGCUAAAACAAAAAAUAAUCUGGCCGCAGCAUACAUGAAACAAAGUAAAUUCAAACAAGCUGAAGCUCUUUAUAAACAAGUAUUAACUCAAGCUCAUGAGAAAGAUUUUGGAAGUAUUGACGAGAAGAAUAAACCUAUCUGGAUGCAUGCUGAGGAGAGAGAAGCCUCAGCAUACAGUGGAAAGCACAAGGACAGUGCACCAUAUGGAGAAUAUGGCGGAUGGUACAAAGCUGCAAAAGUUGACAGUAAUCUCGACAGUCCAACUGUGACAACCACUCUCAAGAAUCUUGGUGCAUUAUACAGAAGACAAGGAAAAUAUGAGGCAGCUCAAACCUUGGAAAACUGUGCAAUGAGAUCAAGCAGACAGGCAUUGCAAAUGGUGAAUAAAAAACCUCAGGUUACUGAAUUAGCUGACAAAAACAAACCAAAAGUUCAUUAUACUAAAGAAGAAAACAAGCCGGACGAAGCUGUUGCUGAAUGGAGUGGGGAUGGAAGUGGUGCAUUACAAAGAAGUGGGUCAUUCAAUAGACUACGUGCAUCACUAAGAAAAAGCAGUGCCAAGCUUGUUAGCAAAUUUACCGGGUCGGGACCCCCUGGACCAGAGCCACGUCGUUAUCCUGCAAUUCCAACCGGAUCUUCUAGUAUGAAACGGGCAACAUCUCUUGGCGUACUCAAUUCUAGGUUUGAUGGACCAACAUACCAAGACCCAAGAAGACAAGGAAACGUCCAUGCAGAAGCUCCCUGAUCUCUUCUAUAUCGAUUCUGUAAAAUAAUUUAUUGAAAUAUUUAAUGUUCAUUGUUAUAUUUUUGUUGUAAAAUUACAUUCAUUUUAUGAUUGUAUAAUUUAAAUUCUGUAUGACUUAUCUCAUCCUGCUACCUUGGUUCACCCAUUCAUGGCAACUUUUAGACAGUUCAAUGCUAUAUUAAUCUUAUACUUAGGUUACCGGUAUAUUUUGUUUGGGGUCUUUUUUUUCAUCUACAACUGUCACAAAUUCACACACACUGGUAAUUUUAUUAGUUGUUCGUUUCAGUUGAAUCUCAUUGAGUCACCACCAACCUAGUAUCUAUAGUUUGACGGUGGAAUCAAUCAGAGAUUGCAUAUUUGUUGCCUAGGACUAUUUUUAAACUAUGUGAUGCUGUUUACACAAUUUAUUCAGUUGAGAAACAAUAUUUUUUUGGUAGUUUGUUGGACAGCUAAUCGUAUGCAUCUUUCAUUUUUCACUCAUGGCAUUGCCUGGUGUGAAACUUUCGUGCUUUAGAAAUAUAAUUUUAGAUUAUCUCUGUAUAUAUAUAUACUGCUUCAUCAGAAUCAUUAGAAAAUUCCCAUAUUUCUCUCAACUUCAAAUUUAUUGGUUUUCUUACAACUUAAAUCGAUGGAACUGUAAAUUUCCUUGAAUGGGUACUGAGGAUGAUGGUGCGAUCUAAAGUCUAUAGUUCUAGAAACUUUUUUGCUGAGGUUUAUAUAAUCAAAAUCAUUAUUAACCAUACUUUUAGGCAAUACACUAAUCUUCUAGUUUGGCUUCUUUUUUUUUUAAAUAUUUUAAACUGAUUCAUCUAUCUUGUUAAAACUCAAUUAUCUAUUAUGUCAAUUACGGGAUAACAUUUUGUAGUACUGUGUUAUCACGAAUUUCUGCUAUGCCUUAUUCAAGAGAAGUAAGAUGAUGCAUUGCAUACGUUGCUUAAUACACAGCACCAAUGCUUGCAGAAUUUCAACUUGUCUAUUCAUAGUUUGGUGAAGUAUAAUUACCUGAUUAGUCUAUUAAUAUAUACCAUGUCUUAUGCAUGCACUGUUGUUCCAUCUUAUGUAUGCGCGUGUGUGUACUAUACAAAUAUAAUUGAUGUUUAAAAUAUACCAUCCUUGAUCAUG